AUGGCCAGCGUUGAGGCCAGGUCUCUCUCCGCCCUCAACCACAUCGCCGCCCAUCCCCCUCAAUAUCCCAUCAACCCGACGGAGCGCAAAGAGACCCUCACCCUCUACAUCUCCAGAGUCCCCGGAUGUCGCGACAUAAUACUGUCCACCUUCAAGCCGCAGAGGAAGGUUGUCGGCGGUGAAGACGUCGCAAACUCGCUCUACUACAUCCACCUGGACACCGAUGGCGAUGACAUGCUGGCUCCCAAGGGCGCCGCUGCUGUCGACAGUGGCAACCCAAGGCCCAGCAUGGAGUCUACCAUGACCCAGAGGAUCGCCAGGAAACCUCUGCCCUCCACAGCCAGAGUCCCUCCCCUCCAGGAGGCGACCUCAGUUGCCACUCCUGGGCCGCCCCCAGACGACACCGCUCCGACCGACCAGCACAAGUACCCGCCAUUGGACUCGUCCUCACACGACAAGGAGAACGUCCCCCUGGGCGGAGAGGCUGCUGGCGCUGCCGACCCUUUCAAUGACGGCCCUCACAUGCCGGCUCAACCAUCCCCGACCAAGCUAUCUGCGAUCAAACCCCAAGGCUCAGUGGUGAGGAAGCCGUUGGGACCCCGCCCAUUAUCUACGGGUCCGCCCUCGCCCGGCAGGGAGCCCCAUCCGUACGAACCUACCGCACCUGCAGCUGUCGUGAAGCCAUCAACGCCUCCAACCCCCGAUGAGGCUCGCCCGGACCUCCCACCAAGGCCUGCACCAGGGCCUCUGCAUCUUGAUCAUCUACCAGCCCAAACUUUCGAUGAAAUUCAAGAGACUCGCAGUCCCAUCCGCAGCCCAGGGUUUCAGUCGCCGAACGCACAAUCUCGCUCUCCGUCCCCCCAAUCGAACAAGAAGCCGUUCACGCCCUUUUCCCUCUCUAUCAUUCGCCGCGACCCUAGCACGGGACACCAGUGGAACAUCGGCAAGGUCAGCUCCUUUCAAAGCACCAUCAUCGUCGCGCAGGACCCUCAGAACCCAGACUCGCCCAAGAUCGCCCAGUAUCCCAAGGGCUACCCCGCCAUCACCGUGCACAUCGAGACGAGCGGGUACGCACGAUUCCGGAACUUCCCCACGGCUCUGCCAAAGAUGUCGGAUCUCCCGAGGAUGAGCUUAGACAGCGCACGUCCAGGGUCGAGCGGCAGUUCUGCGAGGACCAUGAAGGAGUUGGCGGCGAGCCUGCAGGCCCAGGCAGAGCAGCAAAAGGGACAGGACGACACCGAGGAAGGAUUUAAGAGACAAGUCGCCAUGACCUAUACCAAGACGUGGACAUCCAACCUCAAGGAGGCCUUCAGCGGCAAGAGGCGCGACAGGUCGUCCACCAACACCAGCGCGACCGACUCGGCCUACAAUGAGCCGCUCGACCCUCCACGGGCAGGAUUCCACAGAAGGCAAGACAGUGGCAACUCGACGAAUUCCAACGACUCCAUGUUCGGCUCGCUGGUGCCGAACCCGGCCAAUAACGACGCCAACCACCAUCAUCAACAACAACAUCAUCACCAUCAUCAUCGUCAGAACCACAACCAGCCCCAGAACCAACACCAACGCCACGGUUCUGACAUGAGUGCCACAUCCACAGCCGCCGCCGCGAACCCCACGGCCACAACGACGACACCAAAGCCAGACGAACCGCUCAUAACAGCCCGCCCCGGGGCCGGCCUGCGUCCAAAGGGAUACACCUUCGCCUCCCCGUGGGACGGGCGGUGCGACUUCCGGACGAGCAGCAACGGGCGGGCCCUCAAGUGCCACCACAUCCGCAACACGCAUUCGCAGGGGUUCAACCCGCUCGUGGCGGCCCAGGCGCUCCGCGACGCCCUGCCAGAGAACAACGGCGGCUCUGGCGGCGGCGGAGGGGCAGGAGGAGGAAAUGGGAGGGCCGGCCGGGCAAGGGGAAUGAGCGCGUCCCUCCCGAUGGGCGACAUGGGCAACCGGGUGCCCGUCAGCGAGCUGCGGUUCAACCUGCCGUCGUCGGACCUGUUCAACUCCAAGGAGGACCGGGACCGGGCGGUGGCGGAGAUGAAGGAGGGGCUGGGGCGGCUGCUUGUCAGGAGCCCCGGGGGUCACGAGUAUGAUGAUGACGACGACGACAAGGAGGAGCCCAUCUUUGACUUCUCUGGACUCGGGAGGGAGAAGGCGGGCGGGGGAAACAGGGGGAAGAGGGCCAAGCUGGGCAAACUGCUCGUGCAUGACGAAGGGCUCAAGAUGCUGGACCUCGUGGUGGCUGCUAAUAUGGGCAUCUGGUGGCAAGCGUGGGAGCGGAGUUUCUAG